AUGGCAUAUCUCCUGUACACACAACAGACGGCCGGCGAAAGCUCGCACGGGCGAUACUACAUCUACGGUGUGGUUGUGCUGCUUGUUUUGAUCAUCUUCAAGUAUGUCUACCAGACCCUGGCUUCUCCUCUUCGAAGUGUGCCCGGCCCCAUCCUCGCUCGCUUCACGCGACUCUGGGAAAUUCAUGCUGUGUGCAAGCACGAGAACUCAACCCACAACAUUGCACUACAUGAGAAGUAUGGUCCUAUCGUGCGGCUUGCACCAAAUCGGUACAGCAUAAAUGACGGAGAAGCCGCAAAGAUGAUUCUCGGACAUCAUAAUGCCAUGGAUAAAUCAAAGUACUAUCAUCCGUUCGGCCAACCGGAUGAGUACAACCUCUUUUCUGAGCCGAGCAUAUCUGUUCAUGCCAAAGUCAGACGUCCACUUGCGCAGCUAUAUUCGCAAACGAGCCUUCUAUCCUAUGAGCCUUUCGUCGACACUUGUAAUAAGAUCUUGUUGCAGAGACUAGAGGAGUAUGCACAAGAUGGCAAGGCUCUCAAUGUGAGAGAGCUCAUGCAAUACUACGCUUUCGACGUCAUUGGCGAAAUCACAGUCGGAUCGCGAUUUGGGUUGAUGGAAGACGGUGGUGACAAGUCCGGCAUCGUCGAGGCUAUCGACGAGAGCAUGACCUACGGAGCGGUCAUAGGCUUGAUUCCUGAAUGGCACUGGUGGAUCAGUAUGACAAUGGAUACGCUUCGAAUCAAACCUAGCUUCAGGAAGCUUCUUGACUUUGUAAACUUCCACCUCGACAAUCGCGUCUCAGGGCGUACCAAGUCGCCCGAAGACCGCAAAGACUUCCUCGCCAAGAUGCUGCCCAUGGAACAGGAAGGCAAGGCGACACGCUUUCAUACCCGCCAAGCCGCCUCCCAGAACAUCGUAGCGGGGUCAGAUACGACCGCCAUCUCGCUCUCUGCCGUUUUUGCAUACCUGACCAUGCACCCAGACACGCUGGCCGCUCUCCGCCACGAACUCGACGAGGCCACAGCAGCUGGCACUCUUUCUGACCCAGCGACCUUCCAAGAAGCCCAAAAGCUUCCCUACCUCCAAGCCGUCAUCAUGGAAGCCUUACGUGUACACCCUGCCGUCGGUGCACCCCUGACUCGAGUCGUCGGUCCCCAGGGCCUCGUAAUCGCAGGUCAAUUCUUCCCACCUGGCACCGAAGUCGGCGUUAACGCAUGGGCGAUUCACAACAACAAGUCAAUCUUUGGGCCUGACGCGCACGUUUUCCGUCCCGAGCGCUGGAUCACAAAGAACAAAGAGGAUCGCGCGUUGCUGGACCGCAACUUCUUGGCUUUUGGCGCGGGGCCACGGACGUGUAUUGGCAAGAAUAUCAGCUUGUUGGAGAUGAGCAAAGUCAUUCCGCAGAUCGUUAGAAAGUACGAUUUCGAGAUUCUGCCGGAUGUGGAUGGUAGGAAAUACACGUGGAGAACCAGGUGGUUUGCGAAGCCGAGCUUCAAUGCUGUUGUCAGGAGACGGAUGGAGAAAGCUGCGUGA